CGGCAAACAUCCGAGCAGCAGCAGGCAGCCACAUCCGACUCACACACGCAUGGACGACAGUGAGACGGGGUCCAGGGCUGCAUCGCACCAACACCUGGCCUCCGGAAGCGCCCACGGGUACGCCGCCGCCGCCCAGGAUGCCACAGGAGCAGACGAUGCGCCGCGUUACAUCCGGAGCCGCAUCGCAAACGCCUGCGACGGGUGCAAGGCCCGCAAGGUAAAGUGUGACGGGAGGCUGCCCUGCGGAUACUGCGCCGGCAGACAGCGCCCGCAUACGUGCCACUACUCGCCGCAGCGCAAGAGGAGACCGAGGGGCUCGGCGGCGGCGGCGGCGGCGGCGAGGGCAAACGACGACGCUGCGGGGGCGGUAUCGAGUCCGUUGAGGCGGAGGGCGUCGACGUCCCCUGACGCGGAAUCCCGGAGGCACAAUGGGCCUGUCGCUUCCGAGACAGGUGGUGCCACAGCGCAGCGGCCGCCGGCGGCAUUGUCAUCGUCGCCCCGGAUGGAGACGCGGCGGAGCUCACGGAAGGGGGACCGGAACGACGCUGUGGAGGAGGACAAGGCCGGGUCCGGGGGCGGGGCGAGGACGACAUCGCGUCCGGCAGCUUCCCGUCACCGACGCUCGACCGAGACGUCGCCUGCCGCCGAGGACGACACGGAGGUGCCGCGCGAGGCACGCCUGCUGUGCGACUCGCGCGGCAAGCUCAUCUUCAUCGGCGACUGCGCGCCCCUGUCCUUCUUCCAGUCCGUCCGGCAGCUGGUCACGAGCCGCGUGGGCCAGAACGCCUUCGCGCCCGAGUCGAGCCGCUACUCGGUCCUGGAGAACAAUGCCCCCGCGGGCAUGUAUGGCGGCGGCCGAGACAGGAUCGCCAUGAUGGGCGGCGCUGGCGCUGGCGGGCCACCCGAGGUGCGUCCUCGGGACGUGCCCCGUGCUGUGGCCAACUACCGUGCCAUGACCGCAGGCCUCGUUGACCUGUUUGACGACGGGCAGUUGCCCGACGACUUGCUCGUCUGGGCCCAUGCUGAGGGUCGCGGCCGCUACCAGAACCACCACCAGGUCGCCGAUGAUCUCGGCUCCGUGGUCAACUACCUGGUCCUUGCCAUCGGGCUACUUCCCGACGACGAGCCUCUCUCGCGCGCAUACUUUGAGCACGCACGAGACUGCGCAUACGCCACGCUGAGCGCCAACCUCAGCGUCGGCACCGUGCAGGCCUUUGCCCUCGUCACCGUCUACAUGCUGUGCUCGUGCCAGAUCAACGGCGCGUUCCUCUUCUUCGCCAUCUCUGCGCGCGCCGCCUACUCUAUCGGUCUGCACCGCACCGAGGUCAACGCGAGGUUUGGACCUGCGGCACACCGCCAGCGCGACAAGCUUUGGCGAAGCCUGCGUGUCGUAGAUCUCUUCCUCAGCACGUCCAUGGGCAGGCCGCCUGCCACGUCCGACGUGGACUGCACGGUGCCUUACCGCCGCGUCGCGGGCGGAUGCGAAGCGAAUGACGGGGAGACGCUGCUGGAUGCGUCGGUGCAGAUCUUGCUCAUUACGGAGUGCAUCGUGCUGGAGGUGUACUCGCGCAAGAAGAUUUCGCUCCAGCUGACCGAGGGCAUCUCGCGGCAGCUGCGCGACUGGUCCACGCGGUGGCUCCAGCGGCUCAAGGACGUGGUCGCCGCUGCCGGCCGGCCGGCGCACGAAGCCGAAGGCGGCGGUGGCGUGGAAGCCAACGCGCCGGGGACGGCGACAGAGGCGCAGGCCAUUGGGGCGUGUCAAGUGCUCGCGUCGUAUUACUACUCGGUGAUGCUGGUGUCGCGCCCGUUUCUCAUGUACGAGCUCUUCCGCCGCUUGUCAGACAGCCCGGCCAAAGGCGCAGCGCAGUUGGCCAACGGGAAGAGCAAGCUGGCAGACGCGUGCAUCGACGCAGCCAGCUUGAUGGUCGAGCCGAUCCUGGAUCUUGUCGGACGCGGGAUGCUCAACGUCCGAGUGCCCCUCAUUGUCUCCUGGCUCUUUGCGUCGUCGCUCGUCCUCGGCGUGGGCCUCCUCGGCGGGUUCGGGCGCAUUCUUGAGAAGCACGGGCGCGCAGCCAUCGCGGCGCUCGACCACCUGGCCAAGGCGGACGGCCACGCGGCGCAAUACUCAUUGGUGGCACAGUCCCUGCUGGAGACGGCGCAGGAGUACCUCGAGCAGCGGGAGGCGCAAGAGCGGCUGCGUAGGACAGAAAACUCGAGUCAGCUGUUUGGGCUGAUGCCGUCGUCGUCAUCGGGGGUUGCGCCGUCGCCAGGUGCUCUGGCAGGGGGGAUUCCCGGCAGCGUUGCGUCGCCGGCGAUGGGGCUGACUGGCGGUGUCAUCAGGGGCGCACGGGAGAUGCAGGAUCAGAGGCUCUCAGCCGCGGCAUCCUUCCUCCAGCCCCAUAGUGCAGUGCCCAGCGGCGGCGGCGGCGGCGGCGGCGUCGGGUCACCGGGGAUGGCCGCCGCCGUGGACACGCACGGCAACGGGCACGACGACGGCGCGGAGUCGUCGUCUUUCUUCGGACUCACGGCGGACAGCUUGCUGCAGACGCCCGACGGCAACUACUGGAACGAGGCGACGUUUGGGCCCGGCGGCGAGGGGGACGGGGCGUCGGCGUUGAAUCUAUUUCCGCUGAUGGAGGCUGGAGGGGGCAUUGAUCUGGCGCACUACCUGUGAAUGAUACCCGGGGGAUGCAUUUUGAAGGGAUGGGGCGUCGGUGGACUGGUCCAUGAGUUGGUAAUAUAUUUGGCCUUUUGUGGCUUUGUGAGGCGAGAUGUUGUCCAUGUUCGGUUAGUGUGGUGUUAGUUAUGUGAGG